UCUUUCCUGUUUGUUGACAGCCGUUUCUCUCUCUCUCUCUCUCUCUCUCUUCCACACCAUCUCUCCAACCGAUUUCUCUCUCUCUCUCAAACACUGAUUCCGGCGUGAAGCCUCACAGCGACUUUUUCUAGCGCGCGUUUGAGUCGAUUCUGGCGACUGUUUUGCAAAUUCCGGCCACUUUGUAAAUUCCGUCCAUUUUCCGGCGAGGUUUCAGGUACGUUUUCCCGUAUACAAGAGCGUAUGCUGAAAUUGACCCCAAGUACCGCAGCCAUAGACCACAGGACCGACUUAAGGGAAGGAACUGGUGGUUCUACCGCCACCUCUCCGGCGGUGCUAUACCACUACCACUUCUUGCUACCGUCGCCGCAUAACUCAAUUUCGACGUGCAUCAUAGGGAGAAGUGAAAGAAGAAGUUGUUGAUGUAUCUAUAGAGGGUGAAGUGAGAUGUGGCUACGUAGUGCAAAGCCCUUACAUUCUUUUGACACACUCAGAAAAUGCUCCAAAUCUCCAUGGCUUCUCCCUUCCUGUUCCUUUUCAGAUAGUCCUCACAACAAGUCAAAGCUUGCUCCUUUACAGGAGCGAAGAAUGAUAGACCGGUUCAGGCUAUGGGCUAAAGGUGGUGAUGGUGGCAGUGGUUGUUUCAGCUUGCGUCGCAGCCGACAGGAUCGCCACGGUAGACCUGAUGGUGGGAAUGGUGGAAGAGGUGGUGAUGUGAUACUAGAAUGUUCCCCCCGAGUUUGGGACUUCAGCGGUCUGCAACAUCAUAUCCAUGCAAAGAGAGGGGGGCACGGAGCUUCAAAAAAAAAAAUAGGAAGCCGAGGGACAGAUAAGCAGGUUGUCCAAGUGCCUGUUGGCACUGUAAUUCAUCUCGUGGAAGGUGACGUUCCUGCUACAGUUGAAAAGAUUUCUUCCACAGCUUUGGAUCCAUGGGAGAUUCCUGGGACGCUUGAUGUGGAUCCCUCUGAAUCUGCUCAGAAAUCCAGCUCCACUUGCGCAAGCGAGGAAGAGAGAGUUGAAACAGUGAAUAAGAGCAAAUUAUCCUCUCGUGUUGGUAAACGUGUGGAGGAAUCAGUGAGUGCAAAGAAAGCCACUCAAGCUGUACGGACUGAGCCUCUUCCUGAAUCUCUUCCUUCCUAUAAAAGACCCAAGUGUCAUACAGAAGAUUAUGAGUUUUGGACGGUAGAAGGUGGGAUUGAGAUGGAAGGUCUGGAGACUGAUAGUGAAAUGUGUGAAUCGGAGUGGGAAGAAGGAAAGGAGGAAACCGAACACCUACAAUUUAACGUUGCUGAAUUAACAGAACCGGGCCAAAGAGUAAUUAUUGCUUGUGGAGGGAAAGGUGGCUUAGGUAAUGUGUCUUCUCCAAAAGCUUCUAAGAAGCGUAAUCUUAUAAAGGAUGUGGUUCAAAAGGACAAUGAUUUCGAUGUUGAAGUGUCUGAUGAUGAACCUUCAUCACUUAGUGCUGGUUCACCUGGUUCCGAGGUUCUUCUCGUGUUAGAACUCAAGAGCAUAGCGGAUGUAGGCCUUGUGGGAAUGCCAAAUGCUGGUAAAAGUACUCUUCUAGGUGCUAUGUCAAGGGCUAAGCCCACAGUAGGCCAUUACGCAUUUACAACUUUAAGGCCAAAUUUAGGGAACCUAAAUUUUGACGAGUUCUCAGUCAAGGUGGCUGACAUUCCAGGGAUUAUAAAGGGGGCCCAUGAAAAUCGUGGACUUGGACAUGCUUUUCUGCGUCACAUAGAACGAACAAAAGUCCUUGCCUUUGUGGUGGAUUUGGCUGCAGCUUUAGAUGGCAGAAAGGGGAUCCCACCAUGGGAACAGUUGAGAGAUUUAAUAUUGGAGCUCGAGUUUUAUAGUGAGGGUUUAUCAGAUCGACCGUCCUUAGUUGUGGCAAAUAAAAUUGAUGAGGAAGGGGCGGAAGAAGUGUUUGAAGAAUUAAAAAGAAGGGUUUCUGGUGUUCCUGUUUUUCCGGUCUGUGCAGUUUUAGAGGAAGGGAUAUCCGAGGUCAAAGAGGGUCUUAGGAUGCUUGUGAACGGUGGAGAAUCUUGCAGAUUGCGUUUAGAUGGUAUUAUGACUGAAUCAACUGACUAAUUCAUUACUGAGGCCUGAUACUGCGCUGCUGACGUAUGCAAAUUCAUGGCACGGCCUGCAUCGCACUAGCAAGCGAAUGGCUUGAGGUUAGUUUCGGGUUGCCCUGUAUUUUCAAAACCAACUCGAUUUAUAGAUCAUUAUCAUUGACUGGAUUUCACUAGAGGUAAGUUGGAACUUCUUUUGGGGUGGUAAUUUUGCGUUUACUUGUCCAUUAAAAUAUGUUUUGAAAAGUUGAUUGCAUUGAUUCUCCAUGUCACUUGAGAUUUCAUUGUUUAUUGGUAAGAAUCCCAACCAACCGAUGUCUCUGCUUUUUUGUAGUCGCCUCUCAUAUUUAUUUAUACACAAUCAGCGUGUCAUGUAUUUUAUUGUUGAUAUAAUGAGCUUUUUCAUGAUUUCAUCUUGAAAAAACCGUUUGGUUCAAAAGUUUUCUUUCGGCCUUCAGCUGGCAACUUGGUUAUAGUAGUGUUUGUUGAAUUCUUGUGCUGCUAAGUUGGUGCACAUACUUGCUGUAGCUUUUGAGCUGAACUCUUAAGCUUAGGCCAUGGAGUCCCAGAGAAAUUUGGGAAGGAAAAAUACCUCAUGGUCCGUAAGGAACUAUUGCUCACGCGGUGUAUGUGUUUUCAAAUCGAAACACACUCAAUGGAAAAAGUAUUGGGUGGGCAUUGUCACGUGGUGUCUCAACAUCCUUUAUGAUCACAUAUUUAUGUGGGGCUCAUGACUAAGUGUAUUAGCUUCACUUCAAUUUAUGGUCGUGAAUCAGGAUCACUGAACAAUUACUCCAUUCUAUGGGUGCACUCUGCCCCUCUGUACCUCAUUCAGAUGUUUUUGAUAUGUUGGAUUUUUGGGGGUACUUAGCAGUUAUUACUGGCAAAGAGUUUUUUUGUGAUCGCCAAAACAUGCCCCACAGGGCUUACAAGAAAGAAAAAGACUCUAUAGCUAAAAAAUAGGAGACAUGGGAUGGUGGAGAAGAAACCCAAUUAGGAUUAAGGAGCCCUCUCCUGGCACUGGACGCCACCUCGCGAGCAAGGUCAUUAGCAACCCUGUUGAUGCAUGAAAAGCCAAACCCAAACUGUUGCGAAAGUGUCUGACAUCCAAACCCAACGCCAUCACCUCCCAUGGGGGAUCCGACAUGCUUAGCUUAAUGGCCAAUUGACUGUUCAGUUCAAUCAUCACUCGGUUAAGCUCCAUGUCUUUGACCAUAUCGCAAGCUAACCGAAUAGCACAAAGCUCGCCUUGAAGAAGAGACGUGAUAUAGGCUUACCCGACCACUCCAUUCACCAAAUGACCCCUCCAAUCUCUAAGAACUGCUGCAAGCUUGGCACUUUUUCCUUCGGGACAUAGGGCAGCAUCACAAUUACACUUAAAAUUACCACGAUCUGGAGCCCUCCACUGGGAACUUGAGACCUCAGUUUGUGGGUUAUCCAUAUGGACCUGGUUAGAAUUCAGCACUUCUGAAUAUUCGCCAAGGGCAGCAAAAGCCCUUCUCAUAGUUGCUUCUGGGUUAAUAAGGACUGAAUUGAAUAUGAGUUCGUUUGUGGACUUUCAAAUAAACCAGGCGAUGGUUGCCAUUUUACUCAACUGCCGACACGCUUCAUCGGUUGGCCAAGCACCCAAGAUUUGGUAAGACCACUUAUGAAUAACACAGGACGGAGGACUGCUGACCGUAUUUAAACUCACAUUGCAGCCAAACCAAACUGCGCUAGGCCAAUGACACUCGAAGAGAAGAUGCUCAGUGGAUUCAACAGAAUGGGGACAUAUGGGACACUCCAUAGAGCAGCCACAUCUUCGCCUAACUGUUACGGCACGCUCUCCCCCAAAAAUUGUGAAUCUUAUUAGGCACUUUUAGCUUCCAAAUAGUAGGCCACAGUUUGUUGUUUGGAACAAAGGAAGGGGAUGGCUUUGGAUCCAGUGGAAGGCCAAAUGAUGCCCAGAUUGUACUGAUUUCAUUCCAUUUGAAGUGCAGUGCCAAACCAAUGAAUCAUUUCUUUGAAA